AUGGUUUCCGCUACUUUCGAACAGAAGGCUGAGGCCGUCAAGAACCUGGCCACCACCCCCUCCAACGACGAGCUCUUGCAGCUCUACGGUCUCUACAAGCAGGCUACUGUCGGCGACAACAGCUCUCCCCGCCCCAGCGCGCUAAACUUCAAGGACAAGUACAAGUGGGACGCGUGGGAGGCGCUCAAGGGCACCUCGCAGGAGGAGGCCGAGCAGAAGUACAUCGAGCUGGUCGACCAAUUGCAGCAGAAGUACAACUGA